AUGGAGUCGACAACGCCCUGCACAUUCUACACACAACCGGAUGUCGCUACUCGUAGACAAAAUAGUUCCUCGUUGUAUUCGUCCACACAAACGCUGGGGGAAUCGCAUGACAAUAUAACUGACUAUCUGGAGUACCAAGUAGCGCCUAGAGUCACAUUAGUGUAUAGUCCAAUCCUUGCGUCGCUGGGAAUCGUGGGAAAUAUGUUAUCACUGUGUGUUCUCUUAUUUUCCUCCUUCCGAAAGAGCCCCAGCUCUUGGUACCUGGCCACAAUAGCCGUCCUGGACACGAUGAUUCUUGUUUACAGCAUUCUGGAUCUCCUGUAUCGCAACCUGCCAUACUGCGCCGUGUACAAUGACGUCACGUGUCCCAUGAUUCAGUUCCUGUUCUACUUCUGCGUCCACUCGAAUGUUCUCGUGCUCGUUGCCAUGACGAUAGAGCGCUUCAUCGUCGUCCGCUUUCCACUACGUGCUGUGACGUUGAUAACAAGAAAGACAACUCUGGCAGUCAUAACAGGAAUUGGACUUUUCUCGUUUUGA